AUGACACUAGAGCCCCAAUACCUGUUCGCUACGCAUGGGUUCCGCAGUGCUGAGGAGAUGAUGGAUCUACUAGGUUCAUACUACCUCACAGGCAACGAGACGGAGCAGGCCAGGAACCUCUUCGACGACCUGCAAAUGGGAGAGAAAGGGCAUGCUAGCGAAACCUUCCCAGAGUUCAAGGCUCGUUUUCAAAGUGCAGCUAUCACAGGACAAGUCUCCGAGUCGGAAUGGUUUCGUUACAUGUGGAACAAGUUGACUCCCCAAUUCCGCAGCCGCGUCGCGAUCAUCAAAAACCAAUGGAAUGGAGAAUACCAGACCAUUGUUACGACGGAACAAGAAGGCUGGCCAACUACAGGACAGGAAGGAGGGAGGUCGCAUGAGACCGGCCCUGGUACCUGGAGGGGCAGCGGGGAAUAG